AUGUGUCAUGAUUCGAAUGCAAUAAAGGACGAAAUCCGCACACUUCAUGGCCUCGAACUAAUACUAUCUAGUUGCGUUAUUGACGAACACAACCCAUACAUGAAAGAACAUGCAAUUUUGUGCUUGAAGUUUCUUUUGCAAGACAACGCAAUGAACCAAGAGUUUGUCGCCCAGCUCGAAGCGAAACAAGUGAUUGACGGGUCAGCACUCUCUGAUGCGGGUUAUGAAAUCACGAUAGCCGAUGGAAAUGUCAAAUUAAAACACAAACCACGCGAAUGA